AGCUUUCUCUCGGAUGGACAUCAAACAGGCCCCCUUCCACGGAGGUGGAUCAGUGCUUGAAAGGUUAUGACAUCCUGGAAGUGAUUGGUCAGGGCAGCGCUGGAAAGGUCUAUAAAGCUCAGCGCAGCUCAGACCGACGCAAGGUGGCCUUGAAGGUCUUGGAGGCUCCCGAUGAGGAGAUGCUGCAGCUGCGCCGUGGCGAGUUCGAGGUGCUCAAAACGGUAUCUCAUCCCAAUAUUGUGAGGGCCUUUGACUUUUUUUCCUCCAACAGCCGGGCGGUGCUGGUCUUGAGCUAUCACAGCGGGCAGACCUUGAGGAAAUUGGUGAAGCAUUCGGGCGGCCUACCAGAGGCCGUCGCACGGCGGCUCUUUGGCAAGUUGGCCUCCGCCGUGGAUUACUUGCACUCCCGGCGGAUCAUUCACCGCGACAUCACGGAGAACAACGUCAUCAUUUCCGACGACAGGAUUGAUCUUCACCUGGCGGACUUCAACGCCGCCAAGGCUCUGACGGAGGGUGGCGCGCUCACCUUAACCGGCAGCAUGGAUUUCAACCCUCCCGAAGUCUUGAAUGGCCAUUCCUCAUCCGAGAAGCAUGACAUCUGGUCCCUGGGUCUUUGUCUGCACCUGAUGCUGCUCGGAAGUCUGCCGCACAAACGUGGAGCCGAAUCCAAAGAAGCCUUGAGCUUGGCUCUGACCCGAAGCCCCGUGCGCUGCGUGGGGCCGCGCUACGGAGGCAUCUCGGAGCCCUGCAAGGAGCUGCUGAGGCGACGGAGGGCCCAGGGCGCCUGGCCUAAGGAAAAGGAAGCGAGACCAGCCGCGAUGAUCCUGCUACAGAUGGCUUCCAAAGAGCUCACGGGUCUCCUGGCUAUUUGGUGGCCUGUUCCCGCCCGCGCUGCGGCACCGAUGUGGCCGCGAAGACGUCGAUCGCCGCAGCCAGAGUGGUCCUGCGGAGUGCGACGCGAGAGCCUGUCUGUGACUGCGCCUCGGCUGGGACGGGUAGACCCCGGGCAGCAAGGCGUACUUGAUGCCUUGCGCCUGAGGCGUGUCCCUCAAAAAACGGGUGUGGCGACCAGGACCGCGGCGGAUUUUACCGUCCAUUUGGCCCUGCUUUUCCCGCGUGGUUCCGGUUCAGGGGGCAUUUCCUACAAGGAAUUGGUGAAUGAUGUCAUCUACGGAACCUCCGCAGGCGAGCUUUUGGAUCGCAUCUUGCAGUUGGGGAGCUUCACGGAAAGCCUCGCUUCCUCACUGAUGAAGCAAGUCUUUUCGGCGAUCGCCUAUGUACAUGGCCAAGGUGUGGCGCACCGUGACCUGAAACUGGAGAACUUUCUGCUGACCGAAGGAGACUUCGAAGAGGAGACGGUCCUGUUGAAGUUGGCAGACUUUGGUUUGGCUCAGUAUUGUAGUGCAGGGCUGCGCACCGCUGUGGGCUCCGUGGCAUAUGCGGCACCGGAGGUGGUCAGUGGGAACUACAGCAGCGCCUGCGAUCUUUGGAGUUGUGGCGUCAUCCUGAUGGACGAAGCUUUAGAAAGCUCUUUGGACCCAUUGAGAACAGCAUCGAUCUUCUUUGAAGAGAUUAGAGAGAAUGCAAUUUCUGAGGCCUUUCUGAAGAUUAGACAGAUCAUUUCAACAUAUGAGACGCUCAACAGAAGGUACAUUGAGCCACACAGAUACUACGUGCCAGCACCUGAAACUUCAGAGCAUCUACCGUCAGUUGAAUUGAACAGUGCAGAGCGGUCUUUCACCCUCAAUGAGUUGGAGGAUUUUGACUUAAACUUGGAGGAGGACAAUCAUGAACUGCUGGAAGAAAUGUCAAAUGACGAUGAAAGGUUUUGGAUCACAAGUGCCCCACGACGUGUUUCCAAUCACCUUAGCGGGAUCCUGUCCGUAUCCCGCGGGCAAUUUCUUUCGACAUUGGUUGCGCUUUCGCUUGAGCUUGAACUGGUCUCGCCCUGGGCCUUGCGAUUGUGCUCUGCUGUGUUUCGUACCAGCAUCACCUCUGUCCUGGUUUUGUCUGUAGAGGGCUACGACAUCCAGGUUGACUUUGACCACGGCGCUCAACUCAGUCAGGAGGGCUCAACGCAGAAAGAGAGCGAAGGCGAGACUCAAUUGGAAACAGUCAGCGCUUCAUUGCCCUACGUGCAAUAUGCCAUGGAGCAGUAUGCGAAUCACUGGCAAGGCAAUCAACUGUGGCAACAGCAAAGUGCACAGUGGGACCCACAUGGCAACAGUCGGCCCAAAACUCCGAGAAGGAAGUCGAGGCCGAGGAGCGCCAAGGGCAACAAGACCCCUCGAGGAGAACAACAAGUUCCGCAAGGUCCUAUGAUGCCGAACCAACAGAUGAUUGGGAUGCCAAUGGGUUACCCAGGUCAAAUGCCACCUGCAGCGCCUCUCAUGAAUUGGGGCAUGCAACCUAUGCCUAUGAUGCAGGCGCCAUUUCCACACAGUGGCAGCCAACCUCCAUUACCUCCUCCUCCUCCUGGUGGACAGUGGUCUGCUCCACCACAAGGAACGAUGCAGCCUAUGCCACCAGUGCAAUCAAUGAACUCUGUCAUGGGAGCAGGAUUCACAAUGCCGGUGAUGCCAAAAGCGCCCACCAUGCCGGGGCAGACAGAGCAAGUCUCCCCAGAGCUCAUGACGAUGCUGAAGCAAGAUGUGGCUGUUCUUCCGCCGCACAUUCAGAAAGCAGUGAAGGAGUCGGCGAUCAAGGAGUAUGCAGCGCAAUUUGCAGCUCAAGAACAAAAACUUGCAGAGCAGAUCACUACAACCAAAGAGGCUUUCUUGGAAGCGAAAGUGUCGUCUGCCAAAGCACACGAAGCAGCUGGACAAGUUCAGGAGAUCUCGGACGAGGAGUUUGGAGACCUGACGACUUCCACAUCGGGAUCAGCACAGAAAAUCACCGAUGCAAUGGUGGAUCUCAACAAGUCUCUUGCCACGCUUCAAGAGCAAGCUAUGGCAGUUCCAGAAGAAGAAGUUCAUCUGGCAAAGAGGUGUCGUAUCAUUGACCAAUGGCAGAACCCAAUUCCACCUGAGAUGCGACAGGAUACGGAACAACAAGAGCCUGAUCCGGACGUCAUUCCAGAAGAAGUUGACUUUAAUGUCGCCUUUCCUGACCCUUAUAGAGGAGCACCAGGUGAACAACCACCGUUCCAGCCCCCUGAUGCUGAUCCACAUGACUCAGAAAGUGAUGCCAGUAUUCACAGUGCUGACAAAAGCAUCCUGGUUUAUCGUUUACAUGCCCGAGAUGAACAUUGCUUUGCUACAUGGUCCACGUACAUGACAAUCCUUGAUGGCAUCAUUCAUGCCCUGAGACUGCCGCGCAGUCAAAUCAGGACUUUUCAUCGACUUGCAGUUUUGCCUCCGGACAUUCAUGAGAUCUCUGAAGAAGCUGUCAUUCUCCAAUCAAUACAUGAUGUGCCCGCUGGAUCUGAUGAGAAGCUUGUUCUUGUGGACACCAUUGUGCACUUCCAUGCAUCGGCAUCUGGUUUAGCUGUCCCUGCUGCAACCAGCAGACAGGUCAUGCGUGUUAACGCACAGCUUCACAGAUCGCAUAUACUGAUCUUGCAGCAUCUUGAUGACUACUGCCAGACUCUGCAAGACCGUUGCAUUGUGCACAAAAAUCAUCGGCUUUGGGAAUGGCGCGACAACACUUUGCAUGUCAUAGCACAUGGCGACUACAUCAGGAUACAGGUACCACCACCUGAGGAUCCUGAGUUGGACACUCAGACUGCAAUUGCGAUAGCUAGAGGUGUAUUGGAAGCGACUCCCAGUGUUUGCAAUUCGAGAAGUGACCAAGCUCAUCUGUCACUUAUGCAGAAUACUGUAGAAGUUUUCUCUCACCUUGCACAACAAAUUGAUGUCCACAAUGCCAUCAAGGAGCUCAAGACAGAUCCCAUUGAUGGUGACAGUCCGAGAUUUGCAAGCAGACAGAAUGAUAGGCAAGAAGAUCGAACUGGGAGGCGACCAACUUGGCCGUCACCCAGGGCCGAUUUUGCAGCAGGCCAACUCCGUAGGCUCUCACGUCUGGUUGAUGAAGCUGACCUUGUUGAAUGUGAAGAAGAAGGCAGAAUCGCAUACAUUACGACGUGGUAUCUUCACCAUUCUGAGCACAAGACCUGCAGAGACUCGCGUCCUGUGAGACUCUCUGAUCACCAGGAGUGGAAGGCACAGAUCAUCGAGGCUUGGCAAGACGUGGUACGCCUGGACCAAAGUCUCUCGCUGAGUCUGGUCUCACCACAGCCACCUUGCAGUGACCUUGAAUGCACACAGGCUCAUGUCCUUAUUGAGCAAGGCCAGCAGCCUGAUCACGUGGGAUUUGUAAUCUCUGUCAUUGAUGAGGCACGCAUGGAUCAGCGACGAGAGCAGAUCACGCAUUCUGCGCAUUCAGAUGAAGCAAUGCAAACGCGUGGUAGCAUUAUCCAUUUAGCAAGAUUGCAGACCCUGCAGCCGCAAGGUCAGUGUCGUGUGACGUGGAAGCAAUUUCCUUUUGCUAUCCAUGACCCAGAAAUUUUGGAGAGUGCAACGAACGUUGUGAUUCAGCUGCCUCGCAAUGGUGUCUCUUCCAGAGAUGAAGCCUUUUCACUUAUGCAGACGGAGCUCAUCCUGCAGACAGCUUCGACAACACAGGAUAGUUCUCAUCAAUCCGACAGUCAGUGUGCGGUCGACAUCAAUCAUUCAGCACCGCCGCGUGAAGCCAUUGCGUUUCAAUUCAAUCUCAAUGCAGCCCCAUUUCAACCUGGACAGGCCAAUCUUUUUGGAGCCAAUGAGUUUGUAAUUGAUCUCUUUGCCCAGUGGAACCAACAUGCUGCCGUUUGGGAUGAAGAAAUGCCUUCUUGCACAAUCGAGACCUGGUUUGUUGACCACAGAUGGCAGAAUCCACACUGCCGCAACAGCAGACAAAAGCAACUCUUUGCCAAUUAUUGGCAAUGGGAAGAUGAGCUCCGGAGAUUGUGGAUUGAAUAUGUGGACGCAAGAAGCAACAUUGAUUUCUACCUCGUUCAUCCGAAACCGCCAAGUGGUACGAACGCUGUUGCAGCGCAUGUCAUUUUGGUGCAACAAGAACGAGAAGACUGGGUCACAAGCUUAGUGAGUGUCUACGAAGCGCGGCCAGACCGUCCGAGCUUGCACUACAACAUUGCUGUCACAACACAUGAGCACAUCCUUGUUGACAAUUUACUGCGAGUUGUUGGGCAUGAGACGCACUGCCUUGCGCCCAUCCCAUCUCAUGGUUUUGCUGCAUGGUAUCUUCAGAUACAACUUCAACGCGGACAACCUUUAGCUGGACGGAGUGGCUAUGCUAUUUCGCUUCAGAUUUGGCAAUUUCGCCUUGCUGACUAUUUACCACACACUGCUGAACUGCUUGAGGCACAACACGGCCCGACUCUUCUUCAAACAAAGACACAAAGAAGAACAAUUUGUAUCGAAGAAGCUCUUGUCGAUGAAAGUGAACAAGACCUGAAAUCUGACAAGGGCCCAUCAUAUGCUGUCAGGCUACGUGCAGGGGACCUCAAAGUCCAGGUGCCCCCCUUUCUGGAAAUCGAUGAUGUGCCCACUGAAAGCAAGAUCGUUGACGAGUUAAAGAACUGGGGUCAUGAUUGCUUUGUCUUUCAAUUUGCGGGACAUCAUGAAUUCCUCUGUCUUUCUCGUGAUCGCAUACAUGAUGACAGUGUUCAACACUACAUCUUUGGCAGCACGGACGGCACAGAUCCGAAUGCAGCUUUCUUACACUCCCACAAAGGGGAAGUACUGCACGAGUUGGACUGCAUGAAGAUUCUGCACAGCUUGGGAUAUUUCAAGACAACUAUCCAAGCGAUCAUUCAGUGUCUGCCAGAUGUCUAUAAGGUCGUGUUUGUACCUCAAGUGUCCAUCCUUGAUCCAGGAAGCCUGCAUUUACGACAGCCAACACCGUGGCCUGACCGCACUCCUGAGGAGUUGAGGACACAGCCUCAACCCAACUUUUGCUGUGAAGACUUCCCUGUUGAAUGUGGACCAUGCAAACUCAGCUUAGGAGUCGAUGCAGCAACAUUGGCAUCGUUCUUCUCGCAAGAGGAAUUCCCACUUUGCACAACAUUUGAAGGUCUGCAGCUUCCGCCCUCGACGGCAAUGGCACCCUCUUUUGAUUGGUCUACAAGCUGCAAGAUGCAAGAUGUUGAAAGGAUCGUGAUCUACACUGAUGGAUCCUCCAUGAGCCAUCUCAGACAUCAACCACCAGCCCUUUCUGAUGAGCAAGGAUUAUCAGACACUUGGGCAUUCGUCGCCUUGGGGGAGUGCUAUUCUGAUGACCAGAAGAUCAUUCGACUCAUCGGCUGGCAAGCCCAACCUGUGCACUACGAUCCCAACAGCAAAUUCUUCCUUGGCACAGACAGAAUUGGCUCUGAUGCAUCCGAAAAGGAGGCACUGUUCUGGGCAGCGCUCUGGAGGUUGUCCAUUAAUUUGGAUAUCCCGGCAGUAUUCUGCUCGGAUUCCUCCAUUUCCUGUGGACAAGCAUCUGGCAGUCUUAGCACCAACGACUACCAGCAACCUUUCAUCAUGUUGAGAAGUGCGUUUCAAGCUCUUGAAGCCUGUCUUCCUGGACGACGACUUGAUGUGCGCCAUGUGAAAGGUCACUCACAGGACCCAUGGAAUGACUUUGUCGAUUAUGCGGCAAAAGCUGAACGAGAAAAGAGCUUUUACCUCCCGAGACCGAAGACCUUUGACGUCCGAAGAUGGCAACACGCCAUGCCACACCUUUGGAUGAUAUUUGCAAAAGAUGCGGGAGUGCCUCCAUUUACACAACAAGGCUUUGAUGCGUCGGCUCCCACAUUGCCUGACAGAUGUAGCCCAUACUCUCUGGCACCUGCUGCAAAGGUCCAAGAUGUUGGAGUGACCAUUUUGCUCAGUCUUGCGACUGUGAAUGUCCUCUCGCUGUCUGCCGGACCAGAGGGACACGGAGGCAAAGUUGAUUACUUACGCCAACAAUUUCGUGAUACCUGCCUCAAUAUUUUGGGCAUUCAAGAAGCUCGAAGUCUUCAGAGCUUUUCAACAGCAGGUGAAGUUGUACGCAUUGCCUCUGUCGCCUACAAAGGGCAUCACGGAACUGAGCUAUGGAUUAGUCUGAGACAGCCGUACGCUUACGUGCAGGGUAAACCGCAGUUUUUCCACCGCAGACACUUCACAGUUCGACAUGCUGAUCCACGCACACUUUUGGUCUCCAUUGAUGCACCAUUCCUGAAUGCUUUGGUUUUGGUUGGUCAUGGUCCUCAAAGUGGACAGCCACUCUCAGAUCGAGAGCAAUGGUGGCAGCUCUGUGGUGAGCUCUGCACGCGACAAAGAGUCUGCGACUCACAGUAUCUGUUUGCACUUCUUGAUGCGAAUGCAGCUGCAGGAGUGCGUGACGAUAUUAUUGUGGGUCCUCAUGAAGAUGCGCCCAGUGCCAGCACACCAAUGUUGAGCGCGUUUUUGGAGGAGCAAGACCUUUGUCUCCCAGCGACCUUUUCAACACAUGUUGGCAAGCAUUCCACCUGGACGUCGCCCUCGGGUGAGCUGCAAUGUCGCAUUGAUCAUGUUGCCAUACCGCAGUCUUUACGUUCGAAAUGCGAAUUUUCUAUUGUUGACGAGAACUUUGACCUUGGACUGACCCACAUUGACCAUGAACUGGUGGGCGUGCAGUUACAUUGGAAAGGAUGUAGUCAACAACGUUUGCAGACGGAGCAUCAGAAACAAGGUUUUGAAAGGGCUGAUCUCAGCCGUUUGAGUCUGCAGACUGACAUGAAGGAUUACAAGGUCCCAUGCUGGGCUCACAACAUUGAGCAACAUGUUGAUCAUUUCAAUGAGUUUGUCAUCACAGCCAUGGAAAAGACGCACCCCAGUCGGAACAGAGGUCCCAAGAAACCCUAUCUGGAUGAAGAAACCUGGGCAUUGCGAGCGUUGAAACUCCGCCAUCGCAAAGCCCUACGAGAAAUCCAUCGAAGACAGAAGAUUGAGCUGUUGUUUCAAAUAUGGCGUGCUUGGACCCGACAGAUUGAAGAUCAGCAGCAGGUGGACUCUAUCCGACGUUAUUCAGCCACCCUAGCAUGCUGCUCUGUGCGUUGUAUGGCUCAACUCCACAAUGUCGCUCAGCAACUGAAGGUCCGUCUGUGCAAGGCGAAAGCGCGCUUGCUUCAAAGCCGACUUGAACAGCUGCCAAGAGAAGCCAGUGCCGGACAGAUAUUACAAGCCAUUCACAAAAUUCAGGGACCCACGAACCCGAAAAAGAUCAAGAGACGCCCAUUUCCACUGCUGAAGAGUGACGGCACACACUGUGAGUCCAGCAGCCAGAGGAGUGAUCGAUGGGCUGAAUUCUUUUGCAAUAUGGAAGGAGGAAGGCGUUUAACACACCAUGAGCUCAGAGAAGGUUGGAUCGACAAUUUGCAGCACUUCCGGCAACAUCAGUUUGACUUGAGUUUGGAGACACUACCAACGCUUUGUGAUUUGGAACGUGCCUACUCCCAUGUACGCAUUGGUCGCGCUGUUGGCAUGGACUCCAUACCUCCGGAAGCAUGCAAAUACAAUGCGGGCCAAUUUGCGCGUGCCACCUUUUCACAACUGCUCAAGAUGACUCUCCACGGGCAAGAGGCAAUCCCUCAUAAGGGUGGCCGUCUCACUGCGGCCUACAAAGGGAAAGGUGAUGUUGAUGACUGCGCGUCGACGGCCAGGUAUCCCUGUCUACCUUGGCAUCCAUCACUUGCGGGCAUUCCUGAGACUACAAAAGAAGUUGAAUCGUUCUUGCUGCAUCAUUUUCCUUGA